AUGGGGCACUCUGAAUGGGAUCACAAGCGAGGACCCAGAGGCUCACAGUCUUCUGGUACCAGUAUCACAGUGGAUAUCGCUGUCAUGGGAGAAGCACAUGGGCUCAUUACAGACCUUCUGGCAGAUCCUUCGCUGCCCCCCAACGUGUGUACUUCGCUGAGAACAGUGAGCAACCUGCUUAAUACGCAGUUAACCUUCCAGGCCAUCCACAAGCCAAGGGUGAACCCUUUGGUGUCCUUCAGUGAGAACUACACCUGCUCUGACUCAGAGGAAUGUCCGGAGAAAGGAGAGAAACUAGCUAUUCCCAAGCGCUUACGGAGAAGUUUGCCUCCAGGACUGCUGAGAAGGGUGUCCUCAACUUGGACCACAACAACAUCAGCCACAGGAUUACCUACGCUGGAGCCAGCUCCAGUGAGAAGGGAUCGCAGUGCCAGCAUCAAACCUCAUGAAUCAUCUUCAUCCAGCGCUGACUCCUGGAACAGCUCAAUUCUGAUGACAAUCACAAAGAGCAGGUCCUUCUCCACCUCCUACGCCAUGUCUUCUACCAACCACCUGAAUGCCAAAAGGCAGAGCCGGCAAGGUAUGCCGCCAAAUAUUUCACCUCUCACCUCCCCAUGCCAUUCACCGAUUCAGGGGACGCCUGCCACAAGUCCUACUGGAAAAACAUCUUCUGUGUCAUUUCCAGACUCUACAGAUGCUGACACCAAGCAAGGCUUAAAGCCACACAAAGUCUUAACUUCUACUCAGAGUGCACCUAGCCUGUCAGACCCUAUUAUCAGCCCCUCUGUCAUCUGCAGCAGCUGUGGCAGACCCUAUAACCAAAUAGAAGCUGGUGAUGGGGCACUAGAUAGAAAUGAUGGUACCACACACACCCUGAACAGAACAGAUGAUCCUGCUCAAGCCACUUCUGACUAUGAGACCAACAACAGUGACAGCAGCGAUAUCGUACAAAAUGAUGAUGAGACAGAUUGCUCCAAAGAGCAGACACGGAAGGGAUCCGUCUGUAGGACGUACACGCCUGAGACCAUCAUUCUGCAUCCCUUAAUACCACGUGAGGACAAGCCUGUACUUGCUCCUGAGCCUCUGGUUAUGGAAAACUUGGAUCCCCUGAUGGAGCAGCUAAAUAGUUGGAACUUCCCAAUCUUUGAUCUGGUGGAAAAAAUCGGAAAGAAAUGUGGUCGGAUUCUCAGUCAGGUAUCAUACAGGCUUUUCGAAGACAUGGGGCUGUUUGAAACCUUUAAAAUACCAGUGAGGGAAUUUAUGAACUACUUUCAUGCCUUGGAAUGUGGAUACCGAGAGAUACCUUAUCACAAUCGAAUCCAUGCAACUGAUGUUCUACAUGCCGUUUGGUACCUUACUACUCAGCCCAUCCCAGGACUCCCAACUGUGAUUAAUGAUCACGGGUCAGCAAGUGAUUCAGAUUCUGACAGUGGAAUUACUCAUGGCCAUAUGGGUUAUGUGUUUUCGAAGACAUACACACCUACAGAUGACAGCUAUGGAUGCCUAGCUGGCAACAUCCCUGCCCUUGAAUUGAUGGCUCUUUAUGUAGCUGCAGCCAUGCAUGAUUAUGAUCAUCCAGGAAGGACCAAUGCCUUUUUGGUAGCAACAAGUGCCCCUCAGGCGGUGCUGUACAACGACCGCUCCGUCCUGGAGAACCACCACGCCGCUGCUGCCUGGAACCUUUUCAUGUCAAGGCCAGAGUACAACUUCCUGGUCAACCUCGACCAUGUGGAGUUCAAGCAUUUCCGCUUUCUCGUCAUUGAGGCUAUUUUGGCUACUGACCUAAAGAAACACUUUGAUUUUGUUGCCAAAUUCAACGCCAAGGUGAAUGAUGACGUUGGAAUUGACUGGACAAAUGAGAACGACCGCUUGCUGGUUUGCCAAAUGUGCAUCAAACUAGCUGACAUAAAUGGGCCUGCAAAAUGCAAAGAUUUGCAUCUGCAGUGGACAGAAGGCAUUGUCAAUGAGUUUUAUGAACAGGGUGAUGAAGAGGCUAGCCUGGGCUUGCCAAUCAGUCCUUUCAUGGAUCGCUCUGCUCCUCAGCUGGCACACCUCCAGGAAUCUUUCAUCACUCACAUUGUGGGACCACUAUGUAACUCCUAUGACUCAGCGGGGCUGAUGCCAGGAAAAUGGACAGAAGAUAGUGAUGAAUCAGGAGACACUGAUGAGCACGAAGAGGAAGAAACAGCAGAAAUGGAAACUUGUGAAAAUGCUGAAUCCAGAAAGAAGAAGUUCAAGAGGAGGAAAAUCUACUGUCAGAUCACUCAGCACCUGCUUCAGAACCAUAAAAUGUGGAAGAAAGUAAUUGAGGAUGAGGAGAGGUUAGCCGGGACAGAGAAGCAAGGCGCGGAGCAAUCCACGCUGCACCAAUCUUCAGAACAAAUCCAGGCCAUCAGGGAAGAGGAGGAGGAGAAAGGGAAGCCCAAGAGGGAUGAAGAGGAGAACACAACUGUAGAACCGAACCAAUGACAAUAUUUACAGCAGUAUUUUAAGACAGAUUGACUCGUGCACAGACUCUUUCUCAAGCCAGCACAGCAUUUAGACACAACACUGUAGAAGUAUGGGAUAAUGCGCCUACAGCUGUUUCAUUUGUUUCUCUUUCCUUUUUUUGGUGAGGUACAUUGUUUAAACUCCUAUGCUCAAGGAAGCUUUCACACUGCGACACCGGCUUUUACAGACUUUCUUUAAAGAGAUUUGGGGGUGGGUGGAAUUAAAUAUAAAUAUAUAUAUAUAUAGCCACGG